CGGGCUCGGGCGGGGAGCGGGUGGCAGCGGCUGCAGUAGAGGCAGCGGCGGCAGCUUGGUCGCGGGCUGGGGCGGCAGAGCGGCGGCGGCGGCGGUGGCAUUGGCACCGGCACCGACCGUGAGCGCCAUGCGGCGAGGCAGCUCUGAGAGGGAGCUGGCGGUCCAGUGGGAGGUGGAGGCGGUAGCCGCGGCCAAAGCGGAGGCGGAGGCCAAAGCACAGGCGACAGCCGAGCAGAUCGGCGUGGACGCGGGCGCGGCGGGGGAGCCGGAGCGCAAGGCCGGCGAGGAGCAGCCCUCGGCUCCGGCCCCCGGCCCGGAGCAGCCCUGCGCGGCCGAGGAGGGGGAUGCCCUCGUCCUUCCGCGGAUGCCGCCCGCGCUGCACGCGCACCAGCCGAAGCCGGCGCGGGACCUCUGUCCGCACGGGAAGCCCAGGAGCAAGGGCCCAAGCUGCAAGCGGAGCGGCGUUCGCCGUUCAGACGAGCAUGGCUCGCAGCGGCCCGUCACCGUGGACAGCUCCAAGGCCAGGACCUCCCUGGACGCCUUGAAGAUCAGCAUCCGCCAGCUCAAGUGGAAGGAGUUCCCGUUUGGCCGACGCUUGCCUUGUGACAUCUACUGGCAUGGAGUCUCAUUUCAUGACAAUGACAUAUUAUCGGGUCAAGUGAACAAGUUUCCAGGCAUGACGGAGAUGGUGCGUAAAGUUACUCUGAGCAGAGCAGUCAGAAUCAUGCAGAAUCUCUUUCCUGAGGAGUACAACUUCUAUCCUCGCUCAUGGAUUCUGCCCGAUGAGUUCCAGCUCUUUGUCACUCAGGUUCGAAUGGUAAAAGAUGGCAACCCCUCCUGGAAGCCCACUUUUAUUGUGAAACCUGAUGGUGGUUGUCAGGGUGAUGGAAUCUACCUCAUUAAAGACCCCAGUGACAUCCGGCUGACUGGGACCCUCCAGAGCAGGCCGGCCGUGGUCCAGGAGUACAUCUGCAAACCUCUCCUUAUCGACAAGCUCAAGUUUGACAUUCGUCUGUAUGUCCUGCUAAAAUCCUUAGACCCCUUAGAGAUUUAUAUAGCCAAAGAUGGACUCUCUAGAUUUUGUACAGAGCCAUAUCAGGAGCCUAGUCCCCAAAAUCUGCAUCGUGUCUUUAUGCACUUAACCAACUAUUCACUGAAUAUCCACAGCAGCAACUUUAUCCACUCGGACAGCGCCAGCACAGGCAGCAAAAGGACUUUCUCCAGCAUUCUUUGUAAGCUGUCUUCCAAAGGUGUUGAUAUCAAGAAGGUCUGGUCGGACAUCAUCUCCUUGGUGAUUAAGACUGUCAUCGCCCUGACUCCAGAGCUCAAAGUUUUCUACCAAUCGGACAUCCCCACAGGGAGGCCGGGGCCCACAUGCUUCCAGAUCUUAGGCUUUGACAUUCUACUGAUGAAAAAUCUGAAGCCCAUGCUACUGGAAGUAAAUGCAAAUCCCAGCAUGAGAAUUGAACAUGAGUGCGAACUUUCUCCAGGGGUGUUCGAAAAUGUCCCCAGCCUUGUGGAUGAGGAGGUGAAAGUGGCUGUGAUCAGAGACACACUGCGCCUCAUUGACCCGCUUAAGAAGAAGAAAGAAAACCGGUAUCAGCAGCUCCAAAAACCACUGGCUGGGAAGGAAGACUCUCUGGACAGUGAGCUGACUGGUGCCCCAGACUCCAGUCCUGAAGCCCACCUGCCCUCCAUUUGCCUCAAGCAGGUGUUCCCCAAGUAUGCAAAGCAGUUCAACUACCUGCGCCUGGUAGACAGGAUGGCAAAUUUGUUUAUCCGGUUCCUGGGAAUCAAGGGGACAAUGAAGUUGGGACCAACUGGCUUUCGUACCUUCAUAAGGAACUGCAAGCUCAGCAGCAGCAGCUUGUCCAUGGCUGCCGUGGACAUUCUGUACAUCGACAUCACCAGGAGGUGGAACUCCAUGACCCUGGACCAGCGGGACUCAGGGAUGUGUCUGCAGGCGUUCGUAGAAGCUUUCUUUUUCCUGGCCCAGAGGAAGUUCAAGAUGCUGCCGCUGCACGAGCAGGUGGCCUCGCUGAUCGACCUCUGCGAAUACCACCUGUCCCUGCUGGACGAGAAGCGCCUGCUGUGCAGCCGGGGUGGCUCAGCCGGGGGCCGUACCCCCCAGAGCAGCUCGCCCCAGGGGGCCUGCCCUGCAGCCCAGCCGGUGGGGGACCACCCCCCACUCCGCACGAACGGUGCUAAUAAGUUCUCCUAUCCCAGACACACUCUGUCCUGAAGGCCACUCUGCCUGCCCAGGAGAAGCGAGUGCCCUUCGGGGCUGGAGAGAGCCCCUGGGCUCCUGCCUGUGGGGGACACAGGCCGCGGAGGAUCCCGUGGGAGAUUCCCGUUCGUCUCCUCUUCUGCUGCACUCCUGCUUCGCAAGGCUGACUCCUGCCCGCCUUUCUCCCAAGGCCUCUUGGAGACGCCCCCCCACUCUGCUUUGGAGUCAUCAGUGGACUAUGACAUUUGAAAUGUGACAGAUGGCACCUUCUAUUCCGGGCUCACAGGAAGCACCAACUGGGGCAAAUCUGCCGUGCUUGGGGCGGGAGGGCACAGUCACUCCCAAGACCGAGAGCCAUGUAGAGGAAGCUGAGACUCAAGUGCGCGGGGAGCCGCGGAGAGCCACCCUUAAAAGUCCAAGAACACCAUGUUCCUUUCCUACCACCCAUUCUCCGAAAAUGAAGUGGAAAUACCAAGUAGGCCGACAGAAACCUCCCACCCCAAUCAUGUGCUACCCGGGUGUAGUUAACAGAUUAGCCUCAUUUAUUUCAUUAGUUUGCCUGUUGCUGCAAUGUUUGCUUUGUUACUAAUUAAGAAAUAAUUAAGAUGUAACUAAGUUAGGCUCCUAGAGCCUGUGAGCGGGAAGCCUCACAGGCUUUUGUUUGAAUUUGUUUGGCCUUGACCCCAUCUUCAGCCUCCCUGUCCAGAUGGUCCUGUGGCCUCAGUGGACCCCUGCAAGGGUGGAGCUCUGACCCCAAGGACAAGGACCCCAUGUGCCCAGAACUGUGCUGAAAGUCCCCAGGGAGGGGAGGGGGGCUUUGGAGAAGAGACAAGAGAUCCAGGUAAGAACCAGGGAAAGCAGGAUGUGUGUGGAGGGAGGUCCCCUGUUCGGAGCAGUUUCAAGACCCCAAGCCUGCUCUGCCACACCCUUUGGACAGAACAAAUGGAAAGUGAGAGGCCCCAGGAGAGUAUGUCAGGGCACACUUGUCAUCAUCUGGGAACUGCAGUCUUUAAAGCAGAGCUCUCACUUGACACCACUCCUCCGGGUGGGUCCUCAGAAAGUGCUAGCUUGCCAAAAUGAAGGGCAGUCUUCCGUCCUGAAACCAACCAAGUACACCGGAUUGGGGUUGGGGCAGGAGCCAAGAGGCUGAAUUUCAGCCACAUGGUUUGGGAUGAUAUAAAAAUGUCAGCGCUCAUGGUGAGAGAUGUCCUGUCCACCCCCACCUGCCCAUCACCUGCAGGAAGGUCGCUGUCAAUUAUGGGGCCCCUUAGUACCGGAAGGGGCUGCCUUUGGGGAACAGCCCUUCCCUGGGGAAGAGCCAUGUUCUGGGGACAUGGAAUACUGGCUGUGACAGUUAGGGAAGGAAAUGAGGCCGCCAUUUCUUGAGAGCCAGGGAGCCUGGUCAGGCCCAGAGACCCCUUGGGGCAGAGUUCAGGGUCCCAUGUGCUAGACUGCAGCCCGUUCUUAGAAAGGCCUCCACCCCAGCUCUUCUCCCCACCCCUGCCUGCCUUCCACCCCCACACAUGCAGUCAGCCACGCUGGUCCUCACACGGGCCGCCAGCUAAGCCCCUGAAGGGUCAGGCUUCCAGAGGGAGUGGAAGGUAAGAAGAUCGGCUCAGCCUGGGCGCCUUUGGUACAGGGGCAUCCAAGGAUAAGUGGGCCGGGUGUCCAGGGAGGGCACCUUCUUCCAGGGAACAGACUGGCCCAGCCCAAGCCUUCCAGAGGAGCCAGCCUUGCCCCUUUUGGUGUCCCUGUCCAGCUUCCUCAUGUCUUGUGUGAUGACCUUGCCUAUUUCUGUCCUUCCAGCCCCCAGGGAAAUAGGCUCCAUUUCCUGAUGUUCGAGGCCCAGCCUUGUCCCACUGGCCUGGCUAGAAGGAAGCCCGCAGUGGGGGCUGCAAAGAUGCAGGGAUUCGGGGCAGCUGUUUGCAAGUGCUGGUCCCGUAGGCAGGGCCAGUGCUGGUCCCCGGGGCAGAGCAGAGCCUCAGGCCACAAACUACCCUCUUAUUUCCCCUCAAGAACUCUGCCUUCUCUCCUAGCUCAGCCCUCACCUCUCGCCAGGACUUCAUUGGUGUCCAAGCUGCUCAGCCCCUCCCACCCCCCCAUCCCUAUGGGCUAAGGGCAGCAGAGAGCCACAGAGGUGACAGAGCUGUCCCCAGGGAGGCCCCUCCCUUCCUAUUCACGCCGACGCCAACCCUCAUGGGAGGCUUUCUGUAUCUGUUGUCAGAUAGGAAGCGAACAUGCCACUUCCCGCCCAGGGGUGGGUGGUGCCAGCAGGGGCCUGCCUGGGUCCCCACCCUUGCUGCUCCCUUGGCCCUAACCAAUCUGUGUCCUCUGAACGAUGAUUGUUCCCUUCAAAGUCCAGCUGCAAAACCCCAUGGCAGUCCCCCAUGCAGAAAGAACGGCUCCCUCUGCAUUCAUCUGAGGACAUAGAAAGUCCUGUUGUUAUGGUGCCUACCACGGGGCACAGCGCAGAGGCCCUGGGAGGGGCUUGUUGAAAUCAUAGGACACUGAGCAGCCCAAGGUGCGGAGACCCCUCCCCGCCCUCCUCUCCACAGCCCGCAGACACCCUCCAGAGCCUUGGUCCUCUGCCUUGCCCGGCCUGUUGCUGAACACCACAAGAUCCCCAGCUGACUGGUUUUCUCCCUCAAGCAUGGCAGCCAUCCCGAAGCCCCACCCCACCCUAGUAGACGAUGACUUUCUGGCCCUGGGAAUCUUUCCACGUGCCCGGCUCUGAUCUCGGCCACGUCCUUCAGCCCUGGAGAUGGAGGACCAGCCAGCCGAUGGUGCAGGCUCCUCAGUCCGGCCUCCAGCCUGCUUUAGUGUGGGUGCUUAGUUCAGAGAAGGCCAUCCUGUGGUGGGCAUCGACAGUCUGGGAGUGGGGCCAGACAGGGCCAGGUAGGAGUCAGACACCUGCAGCGGUGUUCUGUGCCUUUCUAGAAGCAACCCCCUUUCCUGCAUGCAUUAAACAACAUAUGUCCGGGGCUUUGCAGUUCACAAGUCCUUUCAUAUCCAUCUUCUCAUUUGCUCCAACGAGCCAGAGAAGGGUAAGGAUUACCAUCACUCUUUUCUGACACCCAGGAGGUGCUGUGGCUUCUUCAAGGUCUCAAGGCCAGUGAAGGAUGGAGUCAGUGAGGACCCUGACUCCAGAGCCCAUGUUCUUUCCCCCACCCCAUCAUGGAUCAGAUGUGGAAACCCACGUUUCAGAGGGGCUGGUGUCCGCUCAGUGGAUCUCGGGAGUUGUGGGGGCGUGGGGCUGUCUGACCUGCUCUUGACCUUCUGAGCCCUUCAGGAAGAUUCUGCUGGCCAUACAGACCAGACAGGAAGGACUCCAGGUCUUCAGCCACCGUACAGGGACACAAUAACCUCUCUCACUUAAUCUUGGGAACAUUAGGUGAGAUAAUGGAAAGCAUAAUAAAUGUGAAAGAGUUUUGUAAACCAAAGUGCUGCUAAAACGCAAUGUCACCUUCAGGCUGGUUUCUGGUUUCCUACAAAGUGUAGCGGGAGGAAGGUAAAAGCUUCCCUGAAUAAUGUCCGAAGACAAAUGAAGCCAAAGCAGCCGGCUCCUCUCCCGCCCACCCCUCCCCUCCCUUCAUCCUCACAUAUUUAAAGAUAGUCACAGCCUGAAACAUAGAGCCUGCAGCUCCUCUGAUGUCUGGAAUUUUCCUCGUGAUUGGCACAGUGUUAACUCCAAAAUAGCUUAAUUUUUUUUUUUCCUUACAUUUCUUGACUAAUGUCCUAAACUCCUCGGCCCUGUAAUUGAGGCCUUCAGCAUUCAAGCAUUCAAGCACCUUUUUCCAAGUUCAGAAAAAGAUGAACUCUCCCAUCAGGGAGCUGACACUUCCAGAGUCUGAGAGAGCUGUCCCUGCUCAGUGACGGAGAUUCGCCACAGUGCAUUUAAACCUAAAAUCCACCU